AGUCCGCGCCGGAGCGUCUCGGCCGCGGCGGUGGCGGUGUCCCUGGCCGGUACCGUUGCCUCUGGGCGGCUCAGGCGGCGGCUCGCGGGGUCCGCGGAGAGCGGCGGACCGGCCCUGGCCCGCGGCGCCGCGAGCAGCCCAGGCUGGGACCCGGGAGGCGAGACGGCGGCGGCGGCGGCGGCGGGCUGUGCCCGGCCCCCUCCUUGGCGGCUCCAGCCCCCGGGCGGGCGGCUGCGGGCUCGGGGCAGCCCCGGGGCGGCGGCCGAGCGGGCCCCGGGAAUGGCGAGAUAGCGGCGCGGGAGCGGCCCGACUAAUUACAUUGCACGGAUGAUGGACAUUUACUUACCUUUGAAACGACCUUCCUGGCUGGUGGACAAUAAAAGGAUGAGGACUACUUCAGAUUUCCAGUGGCUCCUGUCAACAUUUGUUCUUCUGUACUUAAUGAAUCAUGUCAAUAGCCAGAGAAAGGAGACUCCUUAUGAUUUGAAGUGUACAACUAACAAUUUACAAAAGUGGGACUGUUCUUGGAAAGCACCCUCUGGAGCAAGCCGUGGUACUCUUUAUGAAUUUUGCAUUGAUGACAGGUCCCAUUCUUGUUAUCAUUUAGCAAGAACAAAUAUUGAAAUCCCAGCUCUUUCCCCUGGUGAUCAUGAAAUAACAAUAUCUCUACAAGAUGCUGGAAGUUCUACAAGUAAAUUCAUACUAAAUGAAAAAAACAUUUCCUUAAUUCCAGACACUCCAGAAAUCUUGAAUUUGUCUGCUGAUUUCUCCACCUCUACGUUGCAUGUAAAGUGGAAUGACAAGGGUUCUGUUUUUCCACGUCAUUCAAAUGUCAUCUGGGAAAUUAAAAUUCUAUGGAAAAAGAGUAUGGAGCUUGUAAAAUUAGUGACCCACAACACAACUCUGAAUGGUAAAGAUACAGUUCAUCACUGGAGUUGGGUCUCAGACCUGCCCUUGGAGUGUGCCAUUCAUUAUGUGGGAAUUAGGUGCUACGUUGACAAUCUUCUUUUCUCUGGUCACAAAGAGUGGAGUGACUGGAGCCCGUUGAAGAACAUUUCUUGGACUCCUGAUUCACAGCCUAAGGUUUUUCCUCAAGACAAAGUGAUACUUGUAGGCUCAAAUAUAACAUUUUGUUGUGUGAGUCAAGAAAAAGUGUUAUCAGCACAGAUUGGCAGUACAUACUGUCCCCUUAUCCAUCUUGACGGGGAAAAUGUUGCAAUCAAGGUCCACAAUAUUUCUGUUUCGGAAAAUAGUGGAACAAAUGUGGUUUUCAUGAUAGAAGAUAAUGUAUGUGGAACAGUUGUUUUUGCAGGAUAUCCACCUGAUACUCCUAAAAAACUGAAUUGUGAAACACAUGAUUUAAAAGAGAUUAUAUGUAGUUGGGAUCCAGGAAGAUCAACAGGCUUGGUGGGCCCACGCAAUACCAGUUACAAGUUAUUUGAAGGUUUUUCAGGAAAAUAUGUUCGAUUUAAAAAAGUUGACGUGUCUGCAAAUGAAAGCUAUCAUCAGUUACUCUUACAAAUGGUUCCAAAUCAAGAAAUAUAUAAUUUUACUUUGUAUGCUCGCAAUCCCCUGGGUCGAUCAGAAUCAACAAUUUUAGUUAACAUAACUGAAAAAGUUUAUCCCUAUACUCCUACUUCAUUGAAAGUGAAAGAUAUUAAUUCAACAGCAGUUAUACUUUCUUGGCAUUUACCAGGCAGCUUUGGAAAGAUUAAUCUUUUAUGUCAAAUUGAAAUUAAUAAAAUUAAUUCAGUACAAGAAUCGCGGAAUGUCACAAUCAAAGGAGUAGAAAAUUCAAGUUAUCGCAUUGCUGUGGGCAAGUUAAAUCCAUAUACUGUAUAUACUUUUCGGAUUUGCUGUUCUACUGAAACUUUCUGGAAAUGGAGCAAAUGGAGCAAUAAAAAACAACAUUUAACCACAGAAGCCAUUCCUUCAAAUGGACCCGAUACUUGGAGAGAGUGGAGUUCUGAUGGAAAAAAUUUGAUAAUCUAUUGGAAGCCUUUACCCAUCAGUGAAGCUAAUGGAAAAAUACUUUCUUAUAAUGUAUCGUGUUCAUCAGAUGAGGAAACACAGUCCCUUUCUGAGAUCCUUGACCCUCAGCACAAAGCAGAAAUACAACUUAAUAAAAAUGACUACAUCAUCAGUGUGGUGGCCAAAAAUUCUGUGGGUGCAUCGCCACCUUCUAAAAUAGCUAGCAUGGAAAUUCCACAUGAUGAUGUGAAAACAGAGCAGGCUGUUGGAAUGGGAAAGGGGAUUCUCCUCACCUGGCAUCACAACCCCAACAUGACUUGUGACUAUGUCAUCAAGUGGUGUAACUCAUCGCGGUCUGAACCAUGCCUUAUGGACUGGAGAAAAGUUCCUUCAAAUAGCACUGAAGCUCUCAUAGAAUCUGAUCAGUUUCGACCAGGUGUAAGAUAUAAAUUUUUCCUGUAUGGGUGCAGAAAUCAAGGAUAUCAAUUACUACGUUCCAUAAUUGGAUAUAUAAAAGAAUUGGCUCCAACUGUGGCACCAAAUUUUACUGUUGAGGAUACUUCUGCAGAUUCUAUAUUAGUAAAAUGGGAAGAUAUUCCUGUGGAAGAGCUUAGAGGCUUUUUAAGAGGAUAUUUAUUUUACUUUGAAAAAGGAGAAAGAGACACAUCUAAGAUGAGGGGUUUGGAAUCAGGUCGUUCUGACAUAAAGGUUAAGAAUAUUACUGACAUAUCCCAGAAGACACUGAGAAUUGCUGAUCUUCAAGGUAAAACAAGUUAUCACCUGGUCUUGCAAGCCUAUACAGACGGUGGAUUGGGCCCAGAGAAGAGUAUGUUCGUGGUGACAAAGGAAAAUUCCGUGGGGUUAAUUAUUGCCAUUCUCAUCCCAGUGGCAGUGGCUGUCAUUGUCGGAGUGGUAACAAGUAUCCUUUGCUAUCGGAAGAGAGAAUGGAUUAAAGAAACCUUCUACCCUGAUAUUCCAAAUCCAGAAAAUUGUAAAGCAUUACAGUUUCAAAAGAGUGUCUGUGAGGGAAGCGGUGCUCUUAAAACAUUGGAAAUGAAUCCUUGUACCCCAAAUAAUGUUGAGGUUCUGGAAACUCGAUCAACAUUUCCCAAAAUAGAAGAUACAGAAAUAAUUUCCCCAGUAGCUGAAUGUCCUGAAGAUAGCUCUGAUGCAGAACCUGAAAACCACGUGGUUGUGUCCUAUUGCCCACCCAUCAUUGAGGAAGAAAUACCGAACCCAGGCGGGGAUGAAGCCGGAGGGACUUCGCAAGUCAUUUACAUCGAUGUUCAGUCCAUGUAUCAGCCACAGGCGAGACCAGAGGAAGAACAGGAAAAGGACCCUGUAGGAGGGGCAGGCUAUAAGCCACAGAUGCACCUACCCAUUAAUUCUACUGUAGAAGACAUAGCUGCAGAGGGCGACUUAGAUAAAACGGCAGGUUACAGACCUCAGGCAAAUGUAAAUACUUGGCAUUUAGUAUCUCCAGACUCUCCUAGAUCCACAGACAGCAACAGUGAAAUUGUCUCCUUUGGAAGUCCGUGCUCCAUUAACUCCCGACAGUUUCUGAUUCCUCCUAAAGAUGAAGACUCUCCACAAUCUAGUGGAGGAGGGUGGUCCUUUACAAACUUUUUUCAGAACAAGCCAAAUGAUUAACAGUGUCACCGUGUCACUUCAGCCUGCCAUCUCAAUAAGCUCUUAUUGCCAGUGCUGCUGCAUCAGCACUGGGCAUUCUUGGAGGGAUCCUGUGAAGUAUUGUUAGUGGGGUGAACUUCACUACGUGCAAGUUACACUACAAGUGUUAAUGUGCUUUUAAUAUAGUCUAAAAGCCAAAGCAUAUGACUCAGAAUCCUCAGUCCACACAACUCAAGAUUUGGAGCUCUUUGUGAUCGAGCCAAAGAAUUCUCACAUGCUCUACCUUCAAGAAGCAUUUCAAGGCUAAUACUGAGUCGUACGUACAUGCAAAACAAAUCCUGCCACAACUAUCUUCAGUUCUGUUGUCAAUGGUUUUCUCAUAUGUAUACUUUAUAGAAUUUCAAGUGGAUUUGCAGGCUAGGGAGAAAAAUGUCAGAGUAACAGAUGAUGUUUAUUUGCCUGACAUUUACUCCAUUCUAGGUGAAAACCAAGCACAGAUUUUAAAACUUUUAAGAUUAUUCUCUUCUAUCAACAGCAUUUACAAAAAUUAAUAUAAUUCUUAAUAUAGCAACAGCUAUUUAGUGUUUUGUUUGAUGAACUAUGCUGAUUUCUGUGCCUACUGUACAAUGGUUAUCUCAGGGGUGCAAACUUGGAAAACAAGUGUGACACUGACCCUCUUAAAUCAGAAUCAUGUUUUCUUGCUUUGCUAUGUUUUUCAAACCUUGUCAUUAUUUUUUAGCUUUUAUGCUAGCUUCCAUUAUUGCAGUUGGUUGUCCUAAUAUUUAAAAUUUCAAUUUCUAAAACUAUAGAUCCAAGUUAAAAAAAAAGAUUUUGUGACACAAAAUGUCAUAACCAUCAGCUUUAUAUGAGCAAAUUCAAUAUUAUUCAUAAGCAUAUAAUUCCACUUAUUUACUAUGUGAGAUGACUACUAAGCAAUAUCUCGUGGCAUUAGCUAUCCAUAUAGUUGUGAUUGGCCUUAGUUCCUCCUUAGAAGACCCUGCCAUUGGGCCUGGUCACCCAAGCAGUGAUGGUCUUUGACACCUCCUCGCCAGUGUUCCUCCCACUCCUGAGUCUUACCUCUAACUUCCUCUUGAAUGAUCAUCAUUCCAGACCGUCUGAUCCAGUCCUCACAUUUUAAAAUAUAAAACUAAAGAUAGAAUGCUUCUUACAGGAACAGUUACCCAAGGGCUACUUCAUAGUAAACGUCAGAAAUCAGUGUGAGUCCGUGGGCGUAGCUAUGUGGCAGGUGCAGCAGUUGCUUGGUGAACUGUGCGGAGUUGUGUCUUCAGCACAGCAUCCUCUGCCCACCCUCAUUUCUUAUAAGUUAAAUCUAGAGUGAUUGUGGUUCUUGGGAAAGCAGAAUGAAAAAUUAAAAGAUAUCUUGUAUUUUUCUUGCCCUCGGGUUGUCUGUGUAUUUUGUCUUUUGAUAGUUAAGGCAAAAGUACCUAAAAACUUAAAAUAUCUGCAUAAGUUAAGAUAUGCUUGUUUUUUAAUCAUCUGAGGUUCUAUAAUGUAUUUGAAAAUAAUGGAUCAGUUAUUUGUUUUCAAGUUCAUAUUGUAUCUUUUUAAAAACCAUGCUGUGGAAAAAAGCCACAGAAUGACAAGUGACAAAAUCUAUUUAGAUACUCUGUGUGUGAAUCCUGAUUUUUACCUGCUAGGAUUCAACUAAAUUUCUAAGCUUCAUGAUGUUAUGAAUAUGUGGAAUGACAUACAAUUAAUUAUGUACAUAGAUAGUGUAUUAAAAUAUAUAAUAGUUCAUAGAAAUUUUCAUUAAUAGAAAAUGUGUCAAACCGGAGCCAUCCCUAAACAGUUUUCUCUUGUCUUCUUUUUGUCCUCUUUGGCUCCUACCCUGAGCUUCCAGCCCAGGCACUCAGACCUGGUGCUGCGUUCUCUUUCUGCCAAAGCUUGUCAUUAUUGUAGUCUACUCACCCUUAAAUCAUGCCUGUUCCCCUGUUCUUAUAUUCAUCUCUUUAGGACAAGGAUAGGCACUGGCCACGGUAAAAGUUUAUUGAAGUAAAUGAUGUUAGCCUGAAAUAAUAGGAAAAGGACAGAAGAGAUUGAUCUCUGUCAUCAAUGUACUUAUAUGUGCAUUUUAACUGUGACCUUCUGGACCCAGUGCCCUUCCCACCCUAUCCAAUGACUCAUUUGUUUGGCUAAUGGUGAACAUCACUGGGGCUCUUAAGUCCUUUCAUUCUGUUCAAGACUUCACUGGUUUUCCUUCAUGAAAAAGGUUCAGAGUGCUACUCACCCUUCCCCUGCCUCUGGAGUUCCAUGCACAAGGAUCGCUAGGUUAACAAGAAGCAGAGUAAGGCUCUGUGUCAGUCUGGACAGGCUCCCCACAACUUGCUGUAUGCUUAAAAGAAUGCUGUGUUUCAGGUCUUUCUUUCCUUGUCUUUCCCCGUUGAGUUGAAGAUAGCCAGACCCCUGUGCACAUCCGAGGUUACUGCCUCUCAGCCCCACCCCACCUGUGCAUCUAAGGGCAUCCUCAGCACAGGGAGCAGGGAGGGAGAGAACACCCUUUGUCACGUGUCCCAUUGUUUGAGACCCUGGCACGCAUGCACUGUUUGUCAGUGCAGAGACCGUGCCUCUGUGUCAAGCGGUCUCAUAAUGGUGGUUGUGCUCCGUCCAGUCAGAUUAGCUACUUCUCCCUUGAGGGGACAAUUAAGGACUAGUUAGAAGGGGAGGCUGGAUGAGUUCCCUGUACCCCUUACUGACUCAAAAAACAAUUGGGAAACCCCUCUUUACUCAGCAAAAGCCCAACCAUCAGUUAGAAAAACCUAAAUGUUAAACUAGAAUUAAAAUAUAAUUAUGUCAUCUGAAUAGUACUUCAUGCACGACACAUUUUUUUACCUCUCAUAUAAGUUAAUUCACUAACAAGCCAAUUUUAAAUCAAGCUGCCCUUGUGAUGAAUGGAGAUCAUUAUAUGGGUUAUUAUGACUGCAUUUCUUUUGUUGAGUGACCAUUUUAAAUAAAUAAUAUUUAAUAUAGAAGUAUUCUUAAAGACUUAGGCUUUUGACAUUAGAUGAACCUUGUGAAUUCUGUAUUGUAUGGAUUAGCACACAUACGCAAUGUAAGCCUCCAAUUUGUUGAACCUUUACAGGCCUGGAUUUCAGAUUGUGGCCCUGAGUGUCUGGAUAGUUGAGUUGUGCGCUUAUGUGCUUAUGUGAUAGAGGUGCUUUGUUCCUGCAGCUUAGAAACAGAAGCAGCCAUUCAUUGAAAAGUUUAAAAGAGGAAGUAUCAACCUCAUUUUCCAAACCAGCAUUACUUUCACGGCUCAUGGAUCUGAAGGAUUGCAUUUAGAAUGUCUAGUACUGUCGUACUUUCAGAAACUGGUAAAAAGUCACAUUCUUAAAACUUCAUGCAUACUGUAUUCUAGUUGGAAAUUAGUCCUGUAAUUUCUAAAUUGUCUUCAUACCGUCCAUAUUUAAAGAACAUUACAAGUCCUUUUUGUAUUUGGGUAAUUAAAUGUAGUUCAGUGAAGGAGACUAGGGAAUGUUUUCUUCCAAAGGGAAUUUGAAAUCAAUUUUAUGCAAGUUUGAAAUUUAAGUACUCCUUAACAUGUCAAUAUUCAAAAAAUGUUAUCCUAAAGUUUUCUACUGAUAAGGCACAUAAUCUGAUAAAAUGCUUUGUUUGUUUGCUCUAAGGUAAUUUUUGCUGUUUUCUAUUUUAAACUAUGUUAAAGUUUGUAUGCCUUUUUUCCCCUUAUAUUGAAACUAUAGUUGGGCCUCUCAAAGUAAAAUGUGGGAUCAUGAGGUAAAUAAGACUUAGGCAUAUAGUGACACUGCACCGACUAAUUUCUUAUUAUCUGAGUCUCAUGCCAGAGUAUUGUAGAUGCAGUGGAAUUUUCCUGAAGGGUGGUAUAUAUCAAGGUCUAGCUUGUGUAGCUCUGAAACUCUUGGCUCCUAGAUUCAAAUCUACUAUAGAUAGACAUGGCUCCACAAUUUGAGUUAAAACUUAAGAAAGAGUCCUGCUCACAUAUCAUUAGAUAUCUUAUUUCUCCAUAAUUUUAAAUGUUCAUAGUUUCUUUUUAUUUGAUGGGUACAAAACUUAGGACAUGUUUGUGCCAACCAGUGUGUAUUCUGGCAAACAAUGCAUUGAUGUGUGAAGGUAAUAGAUUAAUACGAGAAUUCAUUCUCUUGGUAAACUAGUUCUUCAAAGCAUAAAAUUUAUUUUGAACUUUCACUUCCUGCUGAAACAAAGUUUCAUUGUUUUCAUGCCCCUCUUUUAUAUCUAGAAGAAAAUUUUUCACAGAAGAAAAUGAUUUGUAGCCAAACAUACAGGACAUUGAUCUUUUAGACAUCCUUAGAGUAUCAUUGGAAAUUACUUGGUUUGAAUUUGGUUUAUUUUUAUCUUCAUAGGUUAUGUGUCAGGACUAUUAAUAAUACUUUAACCUCUUAUUUUGCUAGGGUGGUUAGAUUUUUAUUCCUUUUUAAUUAGUGCUUUUGUUUGAAUUAUUACAGGGUUAUAUUCAUGCUAAUCAUAAUACAGAUGAACUAUUUUUAAUGCUGGUAUAGAGAAUAAAGAUCAACAUUUAAUUAAUCAGUAUGUCAGGCUUUGUUGUAUAAGAUAAAGUUUCAGGAGGUGUGAAUAUAUCCAAAACCUUAUAAUUAUGAUAUUGGGUUAUGACAGGAAUCUAUUAUUUUUAACCAUGAGUAGUGCUUAUUUCUCCCUAUAUUAGGAAUGUUAAUAGUUUGGAUUAUAAACAUCCAAGUCACAAACAGAAUUUACAAGAUAAAGAUGAAUGCAAGAUAUGCAAGAUAAAUUCUUAACUGUGCAACAUUUUUGUGAAAGUUAAAAGUAGUAUUUUAAGGGGGAAACCCUCUGAAUGUUUUUUAUUUGUAAGUGCCUAUCUGAAGACCCAUAAAAACAAUAAAUUUAAAAGCUCUUAUAGAAGUAAAACUAAAACUGAUUGAACAUUAACCAAAAACAAAUCAUUAAAAUAUACAUUAUUUUUUGGUUGCUAGAACUGAAUACUGUAAAAACAAAGAGAUGUGAGUGGGGAAAAAAGGUCUAAUUGAUAAAGAGAUGGAUUUUUAUUACAUUUAUAUGUCUUCUAAGAUUGUCUUUACAGUAGCCAAUCAGAACUUUAAAAAAAAAGCUAACAAUAUAGACCUUGUGCUGCACUUAAGCCUAAAAUAUUAUGCAUACCUGAUUGAAAUGUUCACUUAAAUUAUUGAAUUUCUUUAUACAUUUAAAGUGUACUUCCCUUUAGAAUUUUAAAUGGGUAACUUUCAACUUCUGAACUUACUAUUUUCCUAAGCAUUCCAGUGGUGUAUUAUAAAAGAUCAAAAUAUUUCUAGGUGGUAAUACAAUUUUUAUUAAGAUCAAAAUAUUUCUAGGUGGUAAUACAAUUUUCAUUAAAACGUGGAAAAGUUGUUAACUGUUAGGUUUAACAUUAGUAUUACUAUUUUUGCAAUUGAUUAUAGAAAAGAACACUGGUUUUCAUAAAAAUUAUUUCAUUCUUCCCCCAGUGUGAUUCCAAAUAACUUUCCCCCAUUAUUUCUAACAUAUGAUAAGCUAGUGGUUCCUUCUAUUUAAUUUUUUCCUUUUAAUAUUAAUAUUUAGGAAAAAUGUGAAUGGUGUUGUGAAUAGUGAAAGACAGUAUGCAAAAAAGAAACUUCAUUGUUGUGGAGGUGUAGGUGUUAUGGGUACCCUGGGAUUUGUUUUAGCCUAAUAUUUUCUCCAAAAGGAGCAUGACUUUUUGUUAAAUACAUUUCAAUUCAGAAUUGCUUAAAAAAGAUUGGCCUGGCUAGAAAUAGACAUUCUAGAUUUGAGAUAGCACUACCUUAAAGGUAAAAUUAAAUCAUUUUUAAAUACUCAACUUUCCUGGUAAGAAUGUUUUUAUCUUCUCUUUCAUUUACAGGCCAUAAAUCAAGAUCCUUAUAACACUAGAAAAUUACCAUUUUUUACUUUCGAAAUUGCAUUAUAGCGAAUUACUGUUUACAAAAAUACACAUACUGUGAACAGAUAUAAGUUUUUGUCUUUUAUACAGUUGUUUGUAGAAUGAGUGUUUUUUUAAAGGAGGUGUUAUAUGUUAAAUAUUUUAAGUUUUUAUAAAUAUUAGUAACUGUUUACUGAUUUUUGUUUGGUCAAGUGCUUGUAAAUGUAGCUGAAAGAAGAUAGGAAGAAACUGCAUAUCCAAAACUUCCCAUUUUCCUUUCUUGAAAUGUUACCACUACAGACAUUUCUUUUUUUAAAUGUGAAUGAUCACUUGUGAUGUGCUGUACCUAAAAUCAUGUUUAAUCAUAUAAGAAACAUUUAAAUAUACAAAUAAAAGAAGUAAAGUAUAGAUUGAAGUACAUUUGUGUGAUUCAGUUUGAUUUAUAGAAUUAUUAGUUUAAUAUGAAAUAAAACAACUCCACUGACAGAGAUGAAAACUGAAGUAUUUCCUGCCUUGUGAAAAUUUGGAUAUUAUGUUGCUAUUAGUGUGGGUAACUUGGACACUUUAUGUCAUUGUAUAAUUUCUGAAUUUAGUUUCCAUAUCUUUUGGAAGACGUGGUUAUAGUAAGAAUAUACAAUAUAAUUAAUCUAUUACUAAGAGACCAUAAAUAUAAAACUAGUAUGCUUGGCUGUUAACUCUAAAGGUGUUACUUAUGUCUGUUUUUAAAACAUGCAUGUAUUUAACAAUUUUAUCAUAGUAUGGGAAAAAAAUAAAUAUAUUUUCUUACAUCUUA